CCAAGCAACCGAGAUACACAGCAAGAUUACAGAGUGAAGUAGAGAGAGAGAGAGAGAGUUGAACGAGACCUAUAUUACAGAGAGUGAGUUAUUAUUUGUAAGGAUAGGGGUAUAUGCGAGCAGAAUAUUUGACUUUAGUUUAGUGAAAAACGGAUAACCAGAAGAGACUGCAGACCUGCAAUUCAGACCUGCCUCUGUCGCAGGUGAGAUGGCAGUGAGGCGAAGGAUCUUUAACUCGACCAGACCGUUCUCAGGGUCACCCCAAAUAGAGCUGAAGGGGUCUUACCCAAGCCUCCCCAGCCCAGAAGACAGGACGAGUGACGAGGAGGGGAAGGAGAGCAAAGGGGACUUCAUGCCUUGUUUAAAACCCAGAAUAAUUAAAGUCCUAACGAAGGGCACAGCAGAACAAGUGGGUGAAGCAGGUCCACUGAACUAUCAGAAGAACUCGUUCAUAGCCCAGGCUGAAUGUGAAACCCAAGACUCCCAGCAGUUCAGCCCUUCCUGCUCCGAACGCUCCUUUGUCGCGUCCCCCAACUGUUUAAUCAACCGGGACUCAUCAGAGCACAACAAUGUGUCGUGUUCCACCGCCGCCUCCAACCAGGACAAACCAGGCUCCCCGGCCCACUGCUCCCCCAGGAAGAAGCCAAGGAAGAAACAGAAGAAGAAAGGGGGGCAGAGGGAGACAGGGAAGCAGAGACAGAGACGUAGAGUACCUUCUGGUGUCCCUGAGCAGGAGACCCAGACUGGCAGUUCUCCUCAACUGAUCCAGAUCCAGCAGGACGCUUCAGAGCACCAAAGUAACAUCAGCACUUCAUACAGUAGCAGUAUCCUGAGUUUAGAGGCGCAUGACAGAAGACGCCCCCCUUACUCCCUCCAGGACUGCAACAGGGGCCCCAGCCAUUCCCACCUCUACUGGGGUCCCCAGGUGUUUAGCCACCCCUCCAACCUCUCCACCUAUGGGCAGGAGAGUGACUCAGACUCUCCUCUCAGCAGUGUGGGAGACUGUUCGUUAGCCCUAGCAGGGCUCAGGGGCAGUGUCAGUCAGGAGGACCGAUGCUACGCAGGUCCCUUCUGCAAAGACUUCUGCAAAGACGUGGAAAGAGAUGUCAGGGAGAAGGAGGGAGAAGUCUCAGAGACUGACACCAACGAGGGCCUGAUCUUCAAUAAGAAUAUUCAGCCUGUGAAUUAUGAGUACAGGGAGGGGAAGGACUACAGCCUCUGCAAGUCUAUCAACACAGGGUCAUACGGGGAAGUGCACAGUGUGCAAGACAACAGAACACACUUUAGAUUUGGUGCCAAAAAGAUUCUCCUGAAGAGUUUUAGUAGUGAGGAAGUGGGUACGUGGAGUGCCCUGAAGUCUCCUCGCGUGGUGGAACUCUUCGGAGUGAUCAGAGAGGGGCCCUACGUCGUCCUCUUCAUGGACCUCAAAGCUGGCUCUGUGGGUCAGCUUAUUAAAGAGAGGGGUCGGCUACCUGAGGACCUGGCCCUACACUACCACUGUCAGGUCCUUGAGGCGCUGGAACACCUGCUGAAGAGACGAGUGCUGCAUCUGGACAUAAAGGCGGACAAUGUGUUGCUGUCAGAGGAUGGGAGGGACACUUUUCUGUGUGACUUUGGACAAUCGGAGAGAAUGGACAUCGGUGGACAGAGCCUAAGUGCAUCCCAAGGAGCAGAUCUGAAGGGGACAGAGACACACAUGGCCCCGGAGAUUGUGAAAGGGGAAACCUGCCGCGGAGCCAAAGCAGACGUGUGGAGCAGCUGCUGCAUGUUACUGCACAUGCUCAAUGGCUGCCAGCCCUGGACACGAUACUACUCCCGCCCACUGUACUUCAAGAUAGCCAAUGAACCACCGCCUCUGAGGGAGAUCCCGCCCGAUUGCAGUCCCUUCACUGCUGAUGUCAUAAAGGUGGGACUACAGAAGGAGCCCACCAAGAGGGCCUCCGCCUCGGAGCUCAAGGGAAGAGCAGCCAGAGCUCUGAGAGAAGUGGGAGGACUCAGCAGCCCCAUUAGAGGGUCCUAUAAGGAGCCCCUACAGAUAGAUGACAGCCCCAGCCAGUCUAGCCAGCCCUGGCCACCGUUUAGCAGAGACACCUGCUCUGAGGAGAGCCCUGAGCUAUGGCUGGAAUCCAUGAACCCAGGGAGCAAGGAGCUGAACAAUGAUGAGGAGGAGGAAGGCAGUGAGGCAGACACAGAGGAGACAGCCUCACCUCGCUCUCUACUGACACAACUCCAUGAAUGGCAAAAUCCCAAGAUGACCGACGUCACCUCCAACGUGUCUGAGCUUGAACUGCGCAAGCUGGAGAGAGAGUUCUACCUGACCAGUCUGUCUCAGCUGCACUCAGCAGAAACCCAGGAGCAGCUACUGUCCUGCCUGAGCAGCAGUGACUGUUACUCCAACAGGGACUUAUGGGACAGAAAGGACUCUGGCCGUUGGUCCAUCAGCCCAGGUGACGACCUCAGCUCCGGUGUGUUCUCCUACAACAGCCAACCGGAUGGACAGAUUCUCAGUAUGGACUGGCUGGUUCACCAAAGCCACCUGUCUCCACCCCAAUGCUUUGAGGGAGUUAACGUCUGCAUCACGGGCGUAAAUGGGCAAAGCAUCCGGAUACGAGAGAAACGCAGGGUGAAGGUGGGCCACAUCGCCACGGGGAUCAGCGACCAGGCGACUACACACAGGCCUUCAAUACACCACCUGUGUCUCUCUCUCCCCUCUAGAUCUCUGAGAGGGUGUUCACCAUGGAGACUCAGGAGCGGGAGCCAGUGGCCCAUGAUGAGGAGGUACAGGACUCUGGCCUCCUGCUCCGCUGUGUCCCUGCUCCUGACUACUGCCAGGCCUGGCGAUGGAGGGUCAAGGAGGGGGUGCUGGAGACUCGUGACUGAGCCAUUAACUCCCCCCACUCAUCGGUAGCAGUCUCAAGCAUCAGGACUGUGAACUCACUCUUGUACGCCUGUCUCAGUAUAUCCUGCUUUUUAUCAAACUGUGUUAUGUCUAAUCCUUGUAAGAAUCGUACCCUUUUUUAAAUGUUCUCCUAAAAUUACUUACCCAAAUCUAACUGCCUGUAGCUCGGGACCUGAAGCAAGGAUAUGCAUAUUCUGGAUACCAAUUGAAAUUAAACACUUUCAAGUUUUUGGAAAUGUGAAAUUAAUGUAGGAGAAUAUUAACAGCAGGGGUUCAAACUCUAGAACCCAGUUCUGACAUAGGAGUAUAAAAAUGUAUUUUUUCAAACAAAACUAUGCUCAAUUUUAUCUCUGGGACCCUCAUGACAAAUCAGAGCAAGAUUACUGAAUGUAAGUACAUUAUUUACCUUCAGAGGUGAAUGUAUGAAACCAGUUGCCAUGAUAAGUGUUUUGUUGUGCACUAAACAAUAGAAUGGUAUUUUUUCACUGUAAUAUCUACUGUAAAUGGACAGUGCAGUUAGAUUAACAAGAAUUUAAGCUUUCUGCACAUAAGUGUUUGUCCUGGAUAGUUGGAUGUUACUUACGUUAGCGGGACACCAAUCCCGUAGAGGAUAAAUGUCAUGCAUUUCUUAUAAAUGGAUAUCCCUGUAUAUUACAGGAGCACACACACACACACACACACGUGUGGUGUUAGUAUCCUCUUUAGAGAAAAUGGUUCAUGUGAAUAAGCUACAACUGCCUUUUCUCAAAGGUAUGGAAAGUCCAAUACUGUAAACCUAGCAUAAUUUUAUACACCAGAAACGACAGCCCUUUUCUAGAUUUCGCUAGAGCACACCCAACAACAGCACUGAGCCAAUGAGAUGUUAACCUUACAGUAACAUGGAAUCAUGUCAUGAAAUAAAAGCUGUACUC